GUCCAGAGCUCUGCAGAGUCCCUAUAUGCGGCUGCCAAUGGCGGACGGAGGCGUGUGCGGGGUGAAGAGCGCUGCUAUGAAGGGUUGCCCUGCCAUGAGCUGCUCAAACCAGAGCAGCUUACAGAUUUCGCAGCAUUGGGCCAGAUCUGAAGGAUGAGCUUUGAAUCGGACGCUACUAAUUUCCAUGCAGCCAAACAGGGAAGAUUAGGGUUUCAUGCUCAUGCGUGGUAAAAUAAAGCCCCAGAGGAGCCUUUCUCUUCUGAAAUUUGUAGUAAGUUAGUGUAGAUACUCCUUCCUCCUAUUUGAAAUGUAUCCAAGCCUUCUCCUGAAAGAUUUCAGAACGUAGAACCGUCUCCUUACGUUCAAUAGGGCCUGAGAACAAGAUGGCCACCUCGAUGGGGUUCUGGGCCGUUGUUGGAACGGCCUGCUAUCCUGUGGGGAAGGUCCUGCUUCUGUGCCUAGUCGGAGCAUUUCUAGCAAACCACCGGAUGAAUAAGUUCCCUGUAGAAGCAAGGAAGCACAUGAACCAUAUGGUGUUUAUGGUCUUUACCCCUGCACUCGUCUUCAUCAACUUGGGGCCGGCGGUCACCAUCAAAACGCUUCUUCAGUGGUGGUUUAUGCCUUUCAGCGUACUCCUCAACUCAGUCAUUGGAUUCGGCCUCGGCCACCUCGUCGUUGCCGUCACAAAACCUCCUCCGCACCUAGUUAGGACGACAGUUGCGUGCUGUACCAUCGGAAACAUGGGGAAUCUGCCGCUGGUUCUUAUCACUGCGAUUUGCGCAAACUCGGGAUCAAUAUUUGGGGCGCAUUGCUCCACUCAAGGCGUGGCUUACACGUCAUACGGAAUGCUGAUGGCCGUCAUCGUCAUGUGGUCAUUCAUCUACAACUAUCUAGAAAGCCCCGGGAAGAGCGGGGAGCAACACCAGCUCUACGAGAUGCUCAACCUUUCUCCCCACGAAACUCCGCGAGUCCCAACCCUUGAGGACGGCGAUCCAAAUCUAGGAGCCAAAAGCCCCGCUACGAAAGGUCUGUUGCAGUCGGACUCUUCCGCAGGGGGGGCAGGAGCAGAGGCGGAAUUCGGGGGGGUAAGCCAAAGUAGCCACGAUAGAAGUAGUGAUAGAACAGGGGGCUUGCGAGAAUCGGCACCGGCAGGGUUCAGCGAGGGGGUUGAUUUGGCAGGAGAAAGUCGGGGGUGGAGGGAGCACUGGGGGACAUGUCAACGGUGGCUAAGGCAACUGAAGUGGGAUAAGAUGUUCACGCCGCCAGUCUGCGGGGUGAUCUGUGCAAUUGUGGUGGGCGGGACCGACCCUCUCCAGGACGUGUUCUUUGGGGCGAAUGCGUGGCUCAAGCUACUGACUGACGUCAUCAGCACUUUAGCGGGCGCGAUGAUUCCGUGCAUGAUGCUCGUUCUGGGGGGGAACCUAGCAGAGGGUCCGACGGCGUCCGAAAUGCAGGUUCCGACGAUGGUCGGGAUCGGGUGCGUCCGGCUGGUGUUCCUGCCGCUGCUGGGCAUCGCGGUCGUUAAGUGUGCGGACCUGCUCGCGCUGCUGCCGCCCGCCGAUCCGCUCUUCCGAUUCGUGUUGCUGCUCCAAUUCGCUAUGCCAACGGCAAUUAACCUAGGUAAGGAGGCUUCCUGGUUUGGUCAGGCGUUACUGUACAGUGGCGACGAUGCACGGCGUGGGGGAGAAGGAGACGUCCGCCGUUCUCUUCUGGUCGUACCUGGCGUGCACACUGACCAUGCCCGCAUUCAUUAUGCUCUUUUUGUACAUUCUCAUCUGAGGAAGCGGUUUCCACAUUCUUUGGGAUGCACGAAGGACUACGUUGGUAGAGGGCAGGAACAUUUGGGUUCGUUGUUUCUUAUUAAUCAUUCGAUGUAA